CACAGGCCAGUGCCAUGUUGGUGAACAUGCUCAAUAAAGAUGUGGUGGAAAAGUUAGGCGAGGAGGUGUGGACAGAGUUUGCCUCAUCAACAUUUGCCACACUUACAAAGGUCAUAUGUGGUACCACAAAGGACAACUAUUUUGAGAAACUGAUGCACAACAUAUUGCAAAUCCUCAUCAAGAUCUCCUCACUGGCAGGUCCAGCUCAGGGGUGUGUGUUAUCUACAGACAGCCAGACUCAUUUGAUAGAUCUGCUUCCACGAUGCAGCAAAGAGAAUCGUCGCUUGGCUCGCAUGUUAUUGAGGAAAGCAAACCCAGAUUUUGAGAAAGAGCCAAGUGGAAAGAAGAAUGAGGGGACGAAAAAGAAGAAAAGAAAAAUAAAGGAAGAUCAUGCAAACUCAUCAGAAAAAGUGGAAGUUUCAACAGAUAUUAAAGUAAACGGUGAGGUGGGAGGUUCACCAGCUAAAGUAAAGAAAAUCCAGGGAAAGGAUGAAAAUGUUCCUGUUAAAGUGAAGAAAGCAAAGAAAAAGAAAGACGUGAAAUCUGCACAGAAACAGUCCAACAUGAUGGAUGUAACAACUUGAUGGGAGGUCUUUUGAUAGUUGACAUUAAAACUGAUAUCUGAUAGGCAGAGGUCAUGACCUUGGCAGUUUGUUCUAGAAAACAAACAAGUGUUAAGGGCUCAGGUCUGUAACUUGUGUAAAAUUUGCUUCAGAAAGCAUUUAUUUGAUGUAUCAGGCUGUAAUCUUGUGCAGACUCAGGUCUGUAACUUGUGUAAAAUUUGCUUCAGAAAGCAUUUAUUUGAUGUAUCGGGCUGUAAUCUUGUGCAAGUUCACAGUGCAUCAUGAAGUUUGAUAGGAUGUGUGUUUGUUGAGGGGUCAUGGUUGCUUUGUAGUAGAUUAUUUAGGUUGAGAGGAUGUGUGAGAGUCUGUAUGGUUACAGAAACAGAUUCAUCUUAUUGUAGACCUGGGCUGUUUUCGUUUAUCGCGGUCCAAAUGGUUGGACCAAUUGGACCCCGAGUUGUUCUUUUAUGAAAUACGAACCUAGUGACAUUUUGUUGUUUUCAGACAAGCUUUGUCAAGGCAUGCAUUAACAUCUGCAGGUCCGUCAAGAUAUACACCUGAAAUAUUACAUUUAAAAACAGAUGAACCGGUUUGUCCACAUAAACAAACAGGCCCCUGUUGCUCUCCGAAUUUCUGGGGUAGUCUCCCUAUAUUUUAACUCGUAGAACCUUCUACAUUUUCAUGACUUUGCUUCAUUUGUAUCGACAUGUAUUCAUAUGUGGUUUAAUACAUUGCAUCGAGAAGCUUGAGCAUUAAUAUUGUACCAUUAUUGUUACACAAGAUAUGAUUUUAAAGACAUUCUAUCAAUUGUAUGCUCCCCCGGUAGAUAUUAUGAUUUUAAAGACAUUCUAUCAAUUGUAUGCUCCCCCAGUAGAUAGUCCAGACAUUGGCAGCUAUGCCAUAUUUAGAGACUGCUGUACAAUAUAAUAUCUUAUUAAUAUUUGUUAAAUUGAUUACAUUGAAAUUGUGUAUAUUUUGUACAUAAUGCUGUAACAGUAAAUAAAUUUUAUAUGUGAAGAGUAUGUUACAGUUUCAAUGAUCUUUAUAUGUGUUGUGGGUACAUCAAUAAUCUGUGCUUUCAAUUCUGUCACGAAGAUUUUAUAAAAGACAGUAAAACCCUCACAAGGGCUUUUCCAGUAUAUAUAUAUCCAACGGAAGUCAGACAUAGAGCAAUUUUAGGAAUGGCGGGUGCUUGAGAAUGCAGCCUAUUAUACAAAUGUAGUUCUGUCUGGAUUGAAUCACUUCUAAUACUAGGUGGUCCCUGUCUGACACACCUGAAGUCUUCCCAUUGGGAAGAUAUAUUCACUGGAAUAUGGAGUCUUCCCAUUAGGUAGAUAUAUUCACUGGAAUAUGGAGUCCUCCCAUUGGGUAGAUAUUUCACUGGAAUAUGGAGUCUUCCCAUUGGGUAGAUAUUUCACUGGAAUAUGGAGUCUUCCCAUUGGGUAGAUAUUUCACUGGAAUAUGGAGUCCUCCCAUUGGGUAGAUAUUUCACUGGAAUAUCGAGUCUUCCCAUUGGGUAGAUAUUUUACUGGAAUAUGGAGUCCUCCCAUUGGGUAGAUAUUUCACUGGAAUAUGGAGUCUUCCCAUUGGGUAGAUAUUUCACUGGAAUAUGGAGUCCUCCCAUUGGGUAGAUAUUUUACUGGAAUAUGGAGUCCUCCCAUUGGGUAGAUAUUUCACUGGAAUAGCCCUGCCUAAGUAAAAAUUCAGUACCAUCAGAAAAAAUUGUAUAAAUUAUAUAUGUGUACUUGGUUAUCUCGAAAAAAUUUUCAUGGCUCCAUUGAAUUCAAGAUAACAAGGUACAGCUGUAGUACAAGCAUCAGGCCCAAUGGGCCUGAAUCAGUUGUUUCUGUGAUGUUUUUUUUACUGAUGACAAUAACAAUAACAAUGCAGACUUACUUUUAUUUCAAACUCGUUCUGAUUACGACACGCCUUAGUGUCGAAACUAGUAAACAUUUGGAUUUCAGUUUUGAAACCCAGCUAGAGGUUGUCAUGGUCAUUUUUUACCUCUGAAUGCAGAAUUACUGGUAAACAGAAAACAAUGACAAUACAUUGUAUUAAAAAAUGUGAUUUUUAUUAUUCAAAAUAAGAAUAUGAAAUUCUACUCCCCAUAGAAUAUAUAGGGUAAAAAUAUGAAAUCUGUGGCUUUUUCUGAGACAAGCAUAUACACAAUAAUAAUUAUAAUUUACAUGAAAAAAAAACCCUAAUGACUAUCGAUAUUAAGUCAAUACAAAAAGAAUGAUUGAAUUGGAUUUUUUAAAAAUAUAGUUAACCGGUAAAAUUGUAAACGAUUUGAUUUCAAAAUACAAUAACUUUGUGUAAUUAUGAAGCACAACACUCCUUUAACAUACAGUAAAGAAUCAUCAGGAAGGAUCAUGAAAUUGAAUGAUAGAUCGAGUCAUGAUAUUUAAAGAAAGAUUUACAAUUCAAAGCAGGUUUUUUUUUCCCAAACUUACAUGAUCUCUAGAUGUGAUACAAUUCAUAGCAGGUCUUUUUCAGAACUUCAGUGAUCUCUUGGAUCAAAGAUAGAAAACAAUUCAUAGCAGGCCUUUUUCAGAACUUCCAUGAUUUCAAGACAAAUUAUUUUCAUUCUUAUUCUUAUUUUAAAGAACAUGUACCAAAUUGAAUGAAAAACACUCCGUAGUCUAGGAGACAAGACUACUUUAAUUAGUACACCUCAUCUAUCUGAUGUUUUAAGAGACGAGCACAUUUCACCAACCCUACCAGUAAAUACAGCUAUAUCAAUUUGUAAGAAUGUCAAAUAUCACAGAGGAUCUUGAUAUCUUGUAUUAAUUAUAGAGACUGGUAAUUUUAUCAACUAAUAAUGAUGACGACAAAAUGUGUAUUAUUUUCAACAUUUCCUAGUUAUAAUAGUCUCAUAAAUAAUGUGUCAUGCAUUUAGUAAGAUACAUUCAACAAUUAAAUCUACGAGGGAAAGUACUGGAAAUGUCAACCAUCCACAGAACUCUGUUAAUAUUUCUGAUCAGUUUGAAUUAGUAUCACUUUAAUUAUUUAACUGUGGCAAGAUAUACUAUUUGUGUUUCAAAAUGAAUGAUUUUAAACAUUAUUUUUUAAGAAAAAGAAACAAAUUUGAUAAUAAUUGACACAAUGUUACCUAUAACUAGUCAGAGUUAUAUACAUAUACACUCUUAACAGACAUUCACUCAAAAUAUUUCAAAACUAAACUUGUACCUUAUGGACAGGUGAUUGUAGAGUUUACUUAUAUAUAAUUCUAAAUGACUUCACAUCUUAAUGUUUCUCAAUUAGAGCUUACACUUCAUAACCUGACCAAAACAGAAGCUAUCCAUUACAGGUUUUGAAUGAAGCCAUGAGAAAAAACAAAUGACUGCAAAAUAUCGAAACAACAAUAAAUUUGUUCAUAUUGAAACAAAUACAAUUAAAUUGUUCAUUUGAUAAAAAAAAAAAAAAAAAAAUU